CUUUGACGAGUCGAGUUGGACUGGCCCCUCUCAACGCUCUGCCCAUCCAAUCACACUUUCACUUUAUUCUCUCCAACAUGUAACGGCCAAUUCGGAGUUCCGAUGUGUCUGGAAAGUCCUUAUACCGCACCCAUCUCACCACCGUUGCCAUCCACGAACCCACCGCCGCGGCAUCUGAAAUCCAAGCGAUCCUUCCAGAACCGACAGUGGCUAGAAUUUUAGACAAGAUGCGUGUAACUGCAGCAGCUCCUGCCGCCAGAAGAUACUUAACCUACCGCGUCUCUUGUGCUCCUUCCUUUCGAACCUCUUCUUUUACGCAAUCACAUCCCCUCCUUCCUCUCAACUCUUCGUCCUCCUCUUCCCAGUCCAAGUUCCAAUCUUGCACCACUCCCAUCAUAGUGCGCUUGUUCAACACAUCAUCUCCCACCAUGUCUUCCUCUAGCUUUUUCGAUGCCGUCAAGGCCCGUCGCACCUAUUAUCAACUCUCCCACGAAUCCACAAUCCCCGACUCCAAGAUCAUCGAAUUGGUUCAGGAUACCGUCAAGCACACCCCCUCAUCCUUCAACUCUCAAUCCGCACGCGUCGUCGUUCUGCUGGGUGACGAACACACCAAACUCUGGGAAGAAAUUGUCAAGCCGGCCGUCAAGGCUGUUGCACCAGCCGAGGCGUGGGCUGCAUCUGAGCAGCGACUGAACGGUUUCAAGGCUGGCUAUGGUACUGUUCUCUUCUACGAGGACCCAGCCGAUGUCGCCAAGCUCCAGGAAACCUUCCCUCUGUACGCCGACAAGUUCCCUCAAUGGAGCGAGCAUACCAGCGCCAUGCACCAGUAUAUCUUGUGGACCGCACUUGAAGCCGAGGGACUUGGUGCCAACUUGCAGCAUUAUAACCCUCUGAUCGAUCAGCAAAUUGCUUCCACAUAUAACGUCGACCCCAAGUGGAGCCUCAAGGCUCAGCUGGUCUUUGGCAAACCCGCUGGUCAGCCAGGCGAGAAGACAUUCAAGCCCAUCGACGAGCGCGUCGCUGUCCAUGGCGCCAAGAACUAGACUGCUUUUAUGAAGAGGUGGCGAAAUGGGCAUUGGUGAGCGUAAAGCCUUAAUUUGAUAGAGUAGCAUUCGUCAUAGUACAUUAUUGUUGAAAUUGAUCAAUUGAUCCUCCUUCA